AUGGGAAGCAAGGGACAGGAAAACACUAGUUUGCCGAUUAAUGGGGGCAAUGGGGUGGAACCAUUUCGUGGGAAAUCGAGCUCCAUUUCAUUUGCUGGUGUGACUCAUCAGUUGGUUGAAGAAAGUAAAUUAGUGUCAGCUCCUUCCGCAGAAGGCACCGGCUCGUUUCUCUGGGCGUGGGCUCCUGUUGCCCUGAUUUCAUCACUAGUCCUUCCGCAGCUCUUCGUUGGUACUGCAAUUGAUGAAUUCUUCAGUGAUGAGAUCCUUUCAGAAAUUGUUGCCUCAUUUGCUUCUGAUAUCUUCUUCUAUAUCGGACUUGCAACAUUUAUGUUUGUUACCGACCGCGUUCAGAAGUUGUAUCUUCUGUUUAGCCCAAAAAAAUGGUGCCUCAUCACAGGUCUCAAAAGAUACUUGACAUCUGCAUUCUUCACUAUGGGCUUUAAGGUUUUUGCACCUCUCGUUGCUAUUUUUGUCAUUUGGCCAAUGCUUGGAUUGCCCACCUUAGUUUCAGUGGCUCCUCUCUUAGUUGGCUACUUGGCUCAAUAUGUAUUUGAAAAACUUCUUGACAAGCAAGGGUCAUCUUGUUGGCCUCGCGUGCCCAUUAUUUUUGAGGUCUACAAACUAUAUCAGUUGAGCAAAACUACUCAUUUCAUUGAGCAGUUAAAGUUUGCAAUAAAGGGUGCUACUCUGUCCCCAGAAGUGUUGGAAAGAAAUGGUGCAUUGGUUGCAAUGAUAAUGACUUUUGAAGUCCUUGGUGUGAUUUGCCUUUGGUCAUUGCUGACAUUUCUUCCGAGGCUCUUUCCUUCCAGACCUGUAGCAGAGAAGUACUGA